CUGCCAGAAAGAAAGAUGGCGGCGGCGUUGGCUGCGACCGGGCGUCUGCGGCAGGCCCUCCGAGGGGCGCCGGGAUGGAAAAGCCCCUGCUCCCAGACCCGGACCCGCCGCCGUCAACUCUCCUCAAGCCCUCCCCAGCCUUCGGCCUCGGCCGUGCGAACUGCCUUCCUCCACUUCUUCCGGGACCGUCACGGCCACCAGCUAGUGCCCUCUGCUUCCGUACGGCCCCGAAGCGACCCCGGCCUGCUUUUCGUCAAUGCGGGAAUGAACCAGUUCAAACCAAUCUUCUUGGGCACAGUGGACCCUCGAAGUGAGUUGGCACGGUUCCGGCGAGUAGCCAACAGCCAGAAGUGUGUCCGUACAGGAGGGCGGCAUAAUGACUUAGAGGAUGUGGGCCGAGACCUUUCCCACCACACUUUCUUUGAGAUGCUUGGCAACUGGGCAUUUGGAGGUGAAUACUUUAAGGAAGAGGCCUGCAGCAUGGCCUGGGAGCUUCUGACCCAAGUCUACAGGAUUCCCCAGGACAGGCUGUGGGUUACCUACUUUGAUGGUAACCCUCCUGAGGGGCUGGCCCCAGACUUCGAGAGCAGGGAUAUCUGGCUCGGCUUGGGGGUACCUUCUACCCAGGUGCUUCCCUUUGGGUCCCUGGAGAACUUCUGGGAGAUGGGAGAGACAGGACCUUGUGGACCCUGUACUGAAAUUCACUAUGACCUAUCAGGAGGAGUGGGCCCCCCCCAACUGGUAGAACUCUGGAAUCUGGUCUUCAUGCAGUAUAACAGGGAGGCAGACGGAAGCCUGCAACCCCUGCCCCAGCGGCAUGUGGACACUGGCAUGGGCCUGGAAAGGCUGGUGGCUGUGCUGCAGAACAAACAUUCUACCUAUGACACGGAUCUCUUCUCCCCGCUGCUUACGGCUAUACACCAGGGCUGCAGGGCACCCCCAUACCAGGGCCGUGUUGGGGUGGCCGAUGAGGGACGCACAGAUAUGGCAUAUCGUGUUGUGGCAGACCACAUCCGCACCCUGAGUAUCUGUAUGGCCGAUGGUGUUUACCCCGGCAUGUCCGGAGCCUCACUGGUUCUCCGCCAGAUCCUCCGACGAGCGGUCCGCUUCUCCUCAGAGGUUCUGCAGGCGCCCCCGGGCUUCCUGAGCAGCCUGGUGCCCAUCGUCGCAGAGAUGCUGGGAGAUGCCUACCCAGAGCUGCGGAAGAACACAGCCCAGAUUGUCAGCUUGGUUACAGAGGAAGAAAGUGCCUUCCUAUCUUCCCUAGAACGAGGUCGCCGAGUCAUUGAUCGGACCCUGCAGCAGCUCGGCCCCUCUGACCUAUUCCCAGCUGAAAUAGCCUGGUCCUUGUCUGGGAAUCUGGGGCUGCCCCUGGAUCUAAUAGGGCUGAUGCUGGAGGAGAAGAGUGUCCAGCUGGACUUAGCUGGUCUGCAGCAGCUGGCCCAGGAGGAGGCCCAGCGUCGAAGCCAAGCCCAACAGGCUAAGCCGGCGGAAAAAUUGGAAUUGCGCCUGGAUAUCCACGCCCUGGGCCACCUGCAGAAGCAAGGAGUUCCCCCAACGGAUGACUCCUCCAAGUAUAAUUACUCAUUGCUUCCUAAUGGGUGUUACGAAUUUGGAGCCUGUGAAGCUGAGAUAAUACGGUUGUAUAGUCUGGAUGGGGUGGCCGUAGACUCAGCUACAGGGGGCCAACGUUGCGGCCUCCUCCUGGACAAGACUAGCUUUUAUGCUGAGCAAGGGGGCCAGGCCUCUGACCGAGGCUACCUGAUACGCAAAGGGCAACAGGACGUGCUGUUCCCAGUAAUUGGGGCCCAGACUUAUGGGGGUUUCAUUCUGCAUGAGGUGAUAGCCCCUGAAACCUUGAAGGUGGGGGACCGGGUCCAACUGUAUGUGGAUGAGGAAUGGCGUCUGGGCUGCAUGAAGAAACACACAGCCACCCAUUUGCUGAGCUGGGCGCUGCGGCAGGAGCUGGGCCCAGACACAGAGCAGUGUGGUUCCCACCUCAGCCCUGAGAGACUUCGCUUCGAUGUGGCCACCCUAGCUCCACUGACCUCCAAGCAGCUUCAGGCAGUGGAGGAAGCUGUCCGAGAAGCUGUGGGGAGGGAUGAGCCUGUGUACAUGGCUGAGGUGGCUCUGGAACUGACCACCCAAGUUCAAGGCUUACGCUCACUUGAUGAGAUAUACCCUGACCCUGUUCGGGUGGUGUCUGUGGGGGUACCCAUAGCCAAUGCUCUGGCCCCCACCUCCCAGGCUGCACUGCACACCUCCAUAGAACUGUGCUGUGGCACGCACCUGCUUCGCACAGGGGCCAUAGAGGACCUGACUAUUGUGGGGGAACGACAGCUGUCCAAGGGCAUCGUCCGCUUGGUGGCUGUCACUGGGGAGCAGGCCCAGCAGGCCCGUGACAUUGGCCAGAAUCUGGCUCAAGAGGUUGAAGCAGCCGCAGCUCGACUGAGCCAGGAGAAUCAGGAUAUCCGGGAGGCUCAGCGAUUGUCAAAGGAUGUGGGACGGCUCAGUGACACAGUAGACACAGCCGUGAUGCCCCAGUGGCAGCGUCGAGAGCUGCAGGCAGUCCUGAAGAGACUGCAGCGCCGUGCCAACACUGCCGUCCGAAAACUGGAGAUGGGGCUGGCCACAGCAAAAAUGCAGGAGCUACUGGAGAGACACCCUGUGGGGCCCUUCAUUGUGGACACAGUCCCAGCUGAGUCCCUCUCGCUGCUGGUGAAGGUGGUGAAACAGCUGUGUGAACAAGUCCCUGGCACCUCCGUGUUACUGCUCAGUCCCCAGGCCCCAGGGAAGGUCCUGUGUGCCUGUCAGGUGGCUCAGGAUGCAGUUCCCACCUUCACUGCUGAAACCUGGGCAUCAGUGGUGUGUAGCCAUAUGGGAGGCAAGGCCUGGGGCUCCCGAGUAGUGGCACAGGGAGCAGGAAACACUGGUGACGUGGAGGCCGCACUGAACAUUGCCCGAUCCUUUGCCCUCAACCAGCUCUAACCCAGGAGUGAAGAGGAGCUCAGUAGGGCCGGAGCCAGAGGCCUAACGACUAAGAAAGCAGGGAUGGAGACAGAAUCAGGAGCAUAAGAAACGCCACGGCAUAACUCUCUCUUGGUCCUUCAUCUGUGCCAACUUUCCCAUUGUGGGGCAGGGCAGGAGAACUUGGACAGUGACCCUGGGAGGAUCCCCACCUCCCACCCCCCCCCCCACAACCAAGUGAGGAUGAAUCCAUCCAGCCCGAUCCUCAGCCCUGGUUUACAGGAACUCAGUGCUGAAGCUAUGACUGCCUAGUAAAAAGGGCUUUAUUAGGGGGCAGACAGCUUUCAGAAGUUACUAGGAAGGGGAGCAUUCUUUCCUUUGCCCUCCCAUUGCAGACUGCUCAGGGGGCUCAGUAGUGCCUGUGUCUAUCACUUCUGCUUGUUCUUCAGGCCUGGCUGGGGGAGGCGUGGGACUUGGGACUGAGCCUGGCAUCUGAGACCUCUGUCACCACUGAUUGAUGGUCUCUGCAGAUGGCAUCAAACCUGAGCAAGCAACAGGGAUGAGCCCAACCUCCUUGGUCUCCAGACCUAAAAAUGUAAGGGUCUUGAGUCCCUGGUACUCUGGAAGAUUAAACAAUACUUCUGCCCCA